ACUUCCUGAGGAGAAUGAAGCAGGAGGAGCUGGCUGAUCAUCUGCAGAGAAAACAUUUUUCUCCACUUUGUCAACAUCAACUUAAAUCUAGUCUGAAGGAGAAGUUCCAGUGUGUGUUUGAGGGGAUUGCUAAAGCAGGAAACUCAACUCUUCUGAAUGAGAUCUACACAGAGCUCUACAUCACAGAGGGAGAGACUACAGAGGUCAAUGAUGAACAUGAGGUCAGACAGAUUGAAACAGCAUCCAGGAAACCACACAGACCAGAAACAACCAUCAGACCAGGAGACAUCUUUAAAGCCUCACCUGGAAGACAUGGACCAAUCAGAAGAGUGAUGACAAAGGGAGUGGCUGGUAUUGGGAAAACAGUCUUAACACAGAAGUUCACCCUGGACUGGGCUGAAGACAAAGCCAACCAGGACAUCCACUUCACAUUUCCAUUGACUUUCAGAGAGCUGAAUGUGUUGAAAGAGAGAAAGUUCAGCUUGGUGGAACUUGUUCAUCACUUCUUCACUGAAACCAAAGAAGCAGGAAUCUGCAGCUUUGAAGAGUUCCAGGUUGUGUUCAUCUUUGAUGGUCUGGAUGAGUGUUGACUUCCUCUGGACUUCCACAACACUGAGAUCCUGACUGAUAUUACAGAGUCCACCUCAGUGGAUGUGCUGCUGACAAACCUCAUCAGGGGAAAACUGCUUCCCUCUGCUCACCUCUGGAUAACCACACGACCUGCAGCAGCCAAUCAGAUCCCUCCUGAGUGUGUUGACAUGGUGACAGAGGUCAGAGGGUUCACUGACCCCCAGAAGGAGGAGUACUUCAGGAAGAGGUUCAGAGAUGAGGAGCAGGCCAGCAGCAUCAUCUCCCACAUCAAGACAUCACGAAGCCUCCACAUCAUGUGUCACAUCCCAGUCUUCUGCUGGAUCUCUGCUACAGUUCUGGAGGAUGUGUUGAAAACCAGAGAGAGAGGAGAUCUGCCCAAGACCAUGACUGAGAUGUACAUCCACUUCCUGGUGGUUCAGACCAAAGUGAAGGAGGUCAAGUAUGAUAGACGGUCUGAGACAGAUCCACACUGGAGUCCAGAGACCAGGGAGAUGAUUGAGUCUCUGGUAAAACUGGCUUUUGAUCAGCUGCUGAAAGGAAACCUGAUCUUCUAUGAAUCAGACCUGACAGAGUGUGGCAUCGAUAUCAGAGCAGCCUCAGUGUACUCAGGAGUGUUGACACAGAUCUUUAAAGAGGAGAGAGGACUGUACCAGGACAAGGUGUUCUGCUUCGUCCAUCUGAGUGUUCAGGAGUUUCUGGCUGCAGUCUACAUGAUCCACUGUUACACCAACAGGAAGACAGAGGUGCUGGAGGACUUCCUGGGACAAAACUACAAUGACUCAACUCUGGAUGUCUUCCUGAAGAAGGUCAGGGAGAAAUCCCUGCAGAGUAAAAAUGGUCACCUGGACCUGAUGGUUCGCUUCCUUCAUGGCCUCUGUCUGCAGUCCAACCAGAGACUGUUAAGAGGUCUGCUGGGUGAGACAGAGAUCAGUCCAGAAAUCAUCCAGAGAACCAUCAACAACCUGAAGGAGAUGAACAUGUUCAACAUUUCUCCUGACAGAAGCAUCAACAUCUUCCACUGUCUGAUGGAGAUGAACGACCUCUCAGUUCAUCAGGAGAUCCAAGAGUUCCUGAAGUCAAAGAACAGAUUGGCGGCGACCCUCUCUGAUAUCCACUUCUCAGCUCUGGCCUACAUGCUGCAGAUGUCAGAGGAGGUUCUGGAUGAGUUGGACCUGGAGAAGUACGAAACAUUAUUGGAGCGACGACAGAGACUGAUUCCAGCUGUGAGGAACUGCAGAAAGGCUCGACUUACUUCCUGUGGACUCUCAGAGAGUCACUGUGAAGUUGUGGCCUCAGCUCUGAAAUCCAACCCCUCCCAUCUGAUAGAGUUGGACCUGAGUUACAACAACAACCUGCAGGAUUCAGGAGUGAAGCAUCUGUGUGAUGGACUGAAGAGUCCAAACUGUAGACUGGAGACUCUGAGAUUGAGUUCCUGCAGUUUGUCAGAGAUCAGCUUUGAUUCUCUGGUCUCAGCUCUGAAGUCCAACCCCUCCCAUCUGAAACAUCUGGAUCUGAGUUACAACUAUCCACAGGAUUCAGGAGUGAAACAUCUGUGUGGUUUUCUGGAGAGUCCAGACUGUAGACUGGAGACUCUGGAAUUAAAGUACUGCUGUUUGUCAGAGAUCAGCUGUGAUUCUCUGGCCUCAGCUCUGAAGUCCAACCCCUCCCAUCUGAAACAUCUGGACCUGAGUGGCAACAAGCUGAAGGAUUCACAAGUGAAACAUCUGUGUAGUUUUCUGGAGAGUCCAGACUGUAGACUGAAGAGACUGAGCUUGUGUAGUUGCAGUUUGUCAGAGAUCACCUGUAAUUCUCUGGCCUCAGCUCUGAAGUCCAACCCCUCCCAUCUGAUAGAGUUGGACCUGAGUCACAACGACAACCUGCAGGAUUCAGGAGUGAAACAUCUGUGUGGUUUUCUGGAGAGUCCAGACUGUAGACUGGAGACUCUGAGAUUUGUUUGCUGCAGUUUGUCAGAGAUCAGCUGUUAUUCUCUGGGUUCAGCUCUGAACCCCAACCCCUCCCAUCUGAAACAUCUGGACCUGAGUCACAACAAGCUGAAGGAUUCAGGACUGAAGGUUCUGCUUGUUUUUCUGGAUGGUCCAGACUGUAGACUGGAGACUCUGAGCUUGCGUAGCUGUGGUUUGUCAGAGAUCAGCUGUAAUCCUCUGGGUUCAGUUCUGAAGUCCAAGCCCUCCCUUCUGAAAUAUCUGGACCUGAGUGAAAACAACCUGCAGGAUUCACAAGUGAAGAAUCUGUUUGGUUUUCUGGAGAGUCCAGACUGUAGACUGGAGACUCUGAGAUUUGUUCGCUGCAGCUUGUCAGAGAUCAACUGUGAUUCUCUGGCCUCAGCUCUGAAGUCCAACCCCUCCCAUCUGAAACAUCUGGACCUGAGUGGAAACAAGCUGCAGGAUUCAGUAGUGCAGCUACUGUGUGGUUUUCUGGAGAGUCCAGACUGUAGACUGGAGACUCUGAGAUUGAACAGCUGCAGUUUGUCAAAGAUCAGCCAGAAUUCUCUGAUCUCAGCGGUGAAGUCCAGCCAAACUCAUCUGAAACAUCUGAGCCUGAACAACCGCCUCAGGACGUAGGAUUCAAGAGCGAGGCAUCUGCUUGGUCUUUUGAAGAUUCUACACUAAUGACACAAUUAAUCAGAUCACCGAGUGUGUGCCGGUCUGUGAGCUUCCAGCUCCAACACGUUAACAUGAAGCUGAAAGGAAGCUGGCUGAGCUCCACAGCUGCUCUGAACAGGACUGAAGUCCCUGCUGCUCUUUAUACUGGAUGUGCUGCAUCACUGACUGACACCUGAUGAAAAGAGUGUGUAUGUGCUGUAUAUAUAUUUUUUUUGUAAUAUUUUUUACAGUGUAUCUUGUGAUUGUUUGAUUUUUUUUGCAUCUUGUUUUUGUCCAUUUUUACCGUGUAUCAUUAAUUAGUGAUGUUGAGUUGUAGUAGUAGUGUAUAUCCUAGUUGUCAUUUUUUACAGUGUAACUCCUUGACAUUUCUGAAGCUUCUUGUCCUGUGCUAGAUUUUUUUAUUGUGUUUACUGGUGGUCAUUUUUUUUUUUUUUUUUUUUUUUUUUUUUUUUUUUUUUUUUUAAAUCAUAUUCUUGUUGUUGUUGUUUAGCUGCAGUUUGUCUGUGCGGCCACGAGAUGAAGCUACGCCUCCAUCACAGCUUGUUCAUGUUUUUAAUGUUUCUGAAGUUUUAACAUCAGCAGGCAGAGUUUGUUCAUUGAUAACAAAAGAGACUAUUUUCAUCUUACACCACGUAUAUUUCCUAAAUAUGACAAUACAUCAGAAAUAAUGUAGAAGUUGUUUAAACCACAUUUUUCAAUGUUUAUGGUCAGGUCUUAAUCCAUUUGUGACAUAUUACUGAAUAUUUCAUCUUCAUCAGUCCUCAUCUCCCUUUGGUUGUUUUACAGUCGUGGCUCCUUUUCUAUGACUGAAGGUAAAGUAUUUCACUCCCUAACAUUUCCUUCUUCUCUUCUUUUCUGGUGUCACUUUAUUUCUUUGGAGGUGAGAUGUUUUCACUGGAAUAAAUAUACUUGAUACUGACA